AUGGACUUUUUGCUGAGUGGCCUGGCAGCCUGUGGAGCCUGUGUGUUCACCAACCCUCUGGAGGUGGUGAAAACCAGGAUGCAGUUGCAGGGAGAGCUGCAGGCAUCUGGCAGCUACCAGCGGCACUACCGAAAUGUCUUCCAUGCCUUCAUCACCAUCGGCAAAGUGGAUGGCCUGGCUGCCCUGCAGAAGGGCCUGGCCCCUGCCCUCGUAUACCAAUUCUUGAUGAAUGGUAUCCGAUUGGGCACGUAUGGGCUGGCUGAGGCUGGGGGCUACCUGCACACGGCAGAAGGCACUCUGAGCCCUCCCCGAAGCGCGGCAACUGGGGCCCUGGCUGGGGUCCUGGGAGCCUACUUGGGGAGCCCCAUCUACAUGGUGAAGACACAUCUACAGGCCCAGGCAGCCUCAGAAAUUGCAGUAGGACACCAAUAUAAGCAUCAGGGCAUGUUUCAGGCGCUAACCCAGAUUGGCCAGAAACAUGGUCUAGUGGGGCUGUGGCGUGGGUCCUUGGGCGGCCUGCCCCGAGUUGUCAUCGGUUCCUCCACUCAGCUCUGUACCUUCUCAUCCACCAAGGACCUCAUAACCCAGUGGGAGGUGUUUCCUCCCCAGAGCUGGAAGGUGGCUCUGGCAGCAGCCAUGGUGAGUGGCAUUGUCGUGGUCCUGGCCAUGACACCCUUUGACGUGGCCAGUACAAGACUUUAUAACCAGCCCACAGAUGCUGGGGGCAAGGGUCUCAUGUACCGGGGAAUACUGGACGCUUUGGUGCAGACAGCUCGAACAGAAGGCAUUUUUGGCAUGUACAAGGGCAUAGGUGCCUCGUACUUCCGCCUCGGCCCUCACACCAUCCUCUCCCUCUUCUUCUGGGACCAGCUGCGUUCCCUCUACUAUAAGUAUACCAAAUAA